AUGAACGACGACGAAGCACCGGCCCCCGACGUGCUAUUUGCAGGCGUCGACAACGUUUUUGAGUGUCUGGUCCACCUGGACAAGAACCAGGACGUCCUUGUUGUCGGUGACGUGUCACCCACCAACUUUCGCGCCAUUGAGACCGAACGCAACCGCCGGGGACAAAAGUUUCGUCUCUUUUACCAACCCGCGUGGGAAUUGGUCGUCGUCACGGUGCCCACGCUCGUGCACUCCAUCAUGCACACCAUGCUCUACGAUACGGUCCGCGAUGCGCUCAGGGGUAUGAAUGCCCAUGCCGGCUGGAUGUCGGUAGGUACGACGACUUUCAACGCAACCAAUGGCUCGUCUGGUCAAGCAGACGCCGCGGGCUGGCCGAUCGACAGCCGCAAUGCAGACGACUGGCCAACGUUGGUCGUCGAGGCAGGUGUCUCCCAGACGUUGCGCCUGUCGUUGCUACAGGCCAAGAUGCGUUGGUGGUUUGACGUGGCCACGUCAAAUCACCAAGUCAAAGUGGUCGUCCUGGUCAUGUUGGACGCCGCACGGGAGGCCAUCUGCAUCGAAAAGUGGGUGAAAACGCAAAAGCCGGGCCGCCCUGGAGCCACAACAACGCGCCAGGCUACGUGCUCUGGCUUGGCCGCACCCCAGCCCGUCUGCGCGCAGACCAUCGACAUAACCUGGGCGGGGCCCGCCCCCAUUAUGCAGAUGCCAAAGCAAGACCGGGCGCCGGCACACUUCUGCGUAACCGGCGGUCCGCUGGUGAUUGGAUUUGGCGAGAUUUAUCUUCGCGUGCCCAACACCGAAGAGCACGACAUUGCCAUCGCCACUGCACACCUCCAACAGUAUGCUAGUCGUCUCUGGCAAUAUGUGGUUUAG